UGACUGACGCAGUCGUUGUUUACGCAACUGCAUCCUACCGCUAGAACCUGCGAGGAGGCAUCAGACACGCCCGAAAAGGUCUUCGAAUCAAACUCAAAAUGGCUUCUAUACCGGUUAUUGUAAAGCACCAGGGCAAACGUUAUGAGGUCGAGCUUGAUCCAUCCCUGAACGGCGAAACGCUCAAGUACCAGUUAUUCUCUCUUACCGGCGUCGAACCUGAGCGACAAAAGAUCUUAGUUAAGGGAGGCCAACUCAAGGAUGAUACACCAUUGUCGUCCCUCAACGCCAAAGCGGGCCAAACAUUCAUGAUGAUGGGCACGCCAUCUGGAGGUCAGGGUGCUGGAGAUUUGGGUAGACCAAAGGAGGUCGUGAAGUUUCUGGAGGACAUGACGGAAGCUGAAGCCGCUAGAGCGGAGGGAGCGACUCCUGCUGGUCUGCAGAACCUCGGAAACACUUGCUAUCUGAAUUCGACAUUACAGACACUGCGGAGCGUACCGGAGCUUCAGGAUGCGCUACAAAGGUACCGACCCUCAGGGGGAUCAUCUGGAGGCUCUAGUAUCUCGAACCUCAGCAGUCUUGGCCUCGGCGGCCUUGGAGCUUCCAUGGAUCUCACAUCGUCUCUGCGGGAUCUCUUCAAGCAAAUGUCGGAGACGCAGGAGGGGUUUCCACCGCUCAUGUUCCUCAAUGCGCUGAGAAAUGCUUUCCCCCAGUUUGCUCAAAGAGAUCGAAACGGACACGGUUAUGCCCAGCAGGAUGCCGAAGAGGCAUGGUCACAAAUUGUGAGUCAGCUGCGGAACAAACUGGUCGUCAAGGAGGGUGAAGGGGAAUCCGCCACUGAGGUGUCAUUCGUGGAUAAAUAUCUUGCUGGAAGGUUCGAAUCUACUACCGAAUGCGAUGACAUGACAGCAAGGGAGGCUGGCGAAGAAGCUACUCGGAGCUCGGACGUGUUCUACAAACUCGAUUGCCAUAUUGGUAAGGAGACAAACCAUUUGCACGAUGGUAUCAUGGCUGGUCUCGAGGAGAAGAUCGAGAAAAAAUCCUCGACGCUUGACCGCGAUGCCGUGUAUACUAAGCGUUCACGCAUAGCCCGCUUGCCAAAGUACCUAACGGUGCAUUUCGUUCGAUUCUUCUGGAAGCGCGAAACACAGAAGAAGGCCAAGAUCAUGCGGAAGGUUACCUUCCCCUUCGAACUCGACGCGGUGGACUUCUGUACCGACGAACUCAAGAAGCAGCUCGUUCCUGUCAGAGACAAGGUCCGAGAGAUUCGGAAGGAGGAGGUGGAUGUUGAGCGUGCUCGUAAGCGCCAGAAGCUUGCUCAUCGAAAGGAGGAGGAAGGACAAAAAGAGGCUGAGUCCGUUUCAAGCAAGGAGCCAAUGCAGAAGAAAGCAGCCGAGCACAAGGACCAAAGCAAAACUGUGGAGAAAGAUGGAGAUGCGACCAUGACUGAUGUCUUCAAGUCCGACGCAGACUACGAAGCCGAGAAGACCGCCUCGAUCCUUGCGGCCAAGAAAGAGCUCGCGGAGCUACUUGACCCCAGCCUUGCCUCGGAGGGCGGUGUUAACAAGACGGGUCUCUACGAGCUACGCGGCGUUAUCACACAUCAGGGUGCUAGUGCCGACAGUGGACAUUACACCGCAUAUGUGAAGAAGCAAGCCAAUGGCGACGAUGCAAGCCCGGAAGGAAAGUGGUGGUGGUUCAAUGACGAGAAGGUGACCGAAGUGGAAGGGGAGAAGAUUGAGAUGCUUGCUGGUGGUGGCGAAUCCCACUCUGCACUUAUUCUCCUCUACCGUGCGGUUGAUGUGUCUACUACUGAUUAAGCAUGCUCACGGUCUCAACUACAACUCAACAGUGUCGGUGUAGAAAUGGUAUGCAUAGAUAAUGAGCUUAUGGCUGAAUGUUAGGGUCCGGUGUUCUUCUAGUCGAAAUACUACACUUAGGGUAUCCAAUCCGCAUGCCUGUUAUUCAGCGAAGUGCUUGAAUAGACC